UCCAACUUUCUGAUCUGUCCGCCCACUGGCAUCAAGCACUCACUCACUGCAAGGCUCUGCCCAACCACUGCACUGCAGCAGAGAUCCUCCACCUUUUUUCUACCUGCACCCAAUUAUCGUUCCCACCGCCACUACACUUUCUAAUGACGAAUAGCCUUGUGCGCACAACACACGUCUUUACAUUCGUUUUCUCUUCUUUGGUCGCGUCUUCGCCUUCUCACUUAUUCUACAUCGCGAGUCUAUCUGGCGCGUCUUAACACUUCUGCUGUGUCUGCAUUUGAUGGCGUCGCGGUACAUACUGGGCUAAUGGGCGCUCCAUCGAUAUAAUUCAUACUCGAUUAAUUGCAUCUCCAAAAUGGCCGCUUCAAGGCUCGAUAGACUUGUCACCUUGCUGGACAAGGGCAGUACACAGCUUAUACGCAAUACUGCUGCUGCACAACUUGCCGACAUCCAGAAACAGAAUCCUGACAAUCUCUUUGCCUUACUCGGCAGAGUUCUGCCCUACUUGCAGUCCAAGUCUUGGGAAACUCGUACUGCUGCCGCAAAAGCUAUAGGCGGCAUUGUCUCUAAUGUACCAAAGUUUGAUCCCAACGCCGAUGAGGCAGAAAUCAAGGAUGAAGUGCCCAAAUCUGAGGAUGGCGAGCUCAAGGUUGAAGUCAAGACUGAAGACAAGGUUCAGGAAGCCGACGAUUUGCUUCAGCUAGCGACCCUGGACAUCAAAAUGAUUCUCCGUCACGGCAAGAAAUUACUCGGAAGUGCCGGCAAGGAGUAUGAGUACUCCAUGGCAGGAAUGACCCCGGCGCAGCGCCUACACCACCAGAAGCAAAGCCUGACGGCCCGACUGGGACUGGGAGGGGAGUACAUGGAGGAGGACCUUGUGACUGAGAAUGACUUCGCGGCCACCUCCCAACACAAACUUGCUCAAACACCAGGUCCGCCCCGAGUGGAUACGAAGUCGGCCGGUCAGCGAACAGACAGUAUCGGCGCUCCUUCGCCAUACAGUGCCAUGUCGCCUUCUGAAAAUGGCCAGCCUUUUCUGGAGGAAUCAGGGCUCAGCAAACGCCAACUCAAUCAACUAAAACGUAAAAACAAAUCAGCAGCCAAGGUUGGAGCCAGCAAAAUGCGGGUGGUCGAUCUCUCCGGCCGGCGUCCUUCCGAACCAGGCCAAACCCCAGUUUCCGCAACUCCCCAUCCGGUCAAACUGAAUGGCCAGGAUGAAUCCAAUGGAGACUCGAAACAGGACUACUUCUCCAUCAAACGUGAAGGCCCAGAUGAUAACACUGCUCUCAUCUCCGAAUUCAAGGGUGACGUUGUAGAGGAAAAGCCUCUAAUCCAGCCCGAUGAAGAGCAUUCGCAUGAUUGGCCUUUUGAGGUCAUGUGCGAUUUUCUUUCCAUUGACCUUUUCGACCCGAACUGGGAAGUGCGUCAUGGGGCAGCCAUGGGUCUAAGAGAAGUCCUCCGGGUUCAUGGCCGAGGCGCGGGUCGUCGUUACGGGAGAUCGCGAGCUGAAAAUGACCUAGCCAAUCGACGGUGGCUUGACGAUAUGGCCUGCCGCCUGCUCUGCGUGUUGAUGCUCGACCGCUUUGGGGACUAUGUGUCGGACACUGUUGUUGCCCCUAUCCGUGAAUCUAUCGGGCAGACCCUUGGCGCGUUACUGACCCAACUACCAGAUGAUACAGCUGUUUCAGUGUACAACUUUUUACAACAGAUGAUAAACCAAAGCGACACUGGCCUGAAACAGCCAAUCUGGGAAGUUUGCCACGGAGGCAUGAUUGGACUUCGUUAUUUCGUCGCAGUCAGAAAGGAUCUGCUCCUCCAACACAACGCUCUGAUUGAUGGUGUUGUCUCAGCCGUAAUUCGUGGUUUGGCCCAUCCGGAUGACGACGUUAAGUCAGUCAGCGCUGCGACGCUUGUUCCUGUCGCUGGGGAGUUGACAACAAUACGUCCGCAGUCCCUCGGCCAGCUCAUCGGGGUUGUGUGGGAUUGUCUUCUCGACAUGCAGGAUGAUCUUAGCGCAAGUACUGGCGCAGUUAUGGAUCUUCUAGCGACGCUUUGCUCGUACGACGCCACCUUGGAAGCGAUGCGCAAGAAUGCAGCGGAAGAUCCUGAGCAGUCGUUUGAGAUGCUUGUUCCACGGCUUUAUCCAUUCCUUCGACAUACCAUCACCAGUGUACGGCUGGCCGUCCUCAAAGCUCUGGUGACUUUCCUAAACUUGUCCAACGUGAACAACAUGGAAUGGGUGGGCGGUCGUGUGACCCGCUUACUCUUUCAGAAUAUGCUACUCGAACGCAACGAGGGCGUCUUGCGGAUGUCAUUUGAAGUUUGGGAGGCUCUGGUUGCAUUCAUGGAGCGUCAAGGGAUGGCCAAAUUCGCGCCCAAUCUCGAUCCACAUAUCAUGCCCAUGUUGAAGGCUACGAUCCAACCAGUCGGUCAAUCACGAAGUCCCAUUCCUAUGGACGCAUCCCUUCUGAUCAAACCAUCGGGCACGCCCAUGGCCACCAGCGCACCGAGGCAAGGAUCUGCUUCGGAUGCAGAUCAGCAACCUAAGAAGCGCCGGAAGGUCGACAAGGCUGACAAAGCCGAUGCAAAUCAACAGCCGUCGCACAAUACUGAUGGGCAUAUGCUCCACGGAGAAGUAGACUUGGUGGGAAUGGAGGUCAUUUUGAGAACCAGGAUAACGUGCUCCCGUGCGCUAGGCCUACUUCUAGGCAAGCAAAACGAAGCCGCCGUUGCAUCAUAUUGGACUAGUCUUCUCCCAAUCAUCAACUCCAAUCAUUCAAGCUCGCGCCUGUUCACAGGAAUGAUCCUGGAAGAGCUUGCAAGGAAUCAGUCCAUCAAACCAACAGAUACGGCAUCAUGUGUCGCGCAGCUCCAAAGUGUCCUCGAUGACGAUGGCCAUCAUUGGUACAGCGAUAUUGUAUCAUCACUGCAAGCCGCUCGAGGGCAGUGCCAAUCUCUCAUUAGCGCUUUCCAAAACAAUGCACACGUGUCGCGCGACAAAUUGCCAGCCAUAGCUGUGGUCUGUCAGGGCGAAAAUGGCGCUGGACCAAAAGCGUUCUCGCUGGCAGACGCCGAGAAAAUUGUCACUACAGAUUUCGACCGUCUCCUGAAAUCGCUGACACCAGCACAGAGAGUUUCCGGGACACAGUACCUCAAUGAUGCGCGCACGAACGCGAUGACAGCAGUCGAAGAGGCAAGGAAGAUCAAAGAAGGCCGUGACUUAGCUAUCAAGGCCGCGGUGGCCUCUGUGCUUGUCAGACUCGGCGAGAUCCCCAAGAAACCUGGCCAACUUAUUAAAUGCAUCAUGGACAGCAUUAAAGGGGAGGAGUUCGAAGAAUUGCAGGCACGAUCUGCAUCGGCUGUUGCAGCCCUGAUCGACUUCUACACCCGGGGUGCUAAGAAGGGCCCGGUGGACAAGUUAGUUUCCAACCUCGUGAAAUUCACAUGCGUGGAUACUUCGGAAACUCCAGAGUUCGGCCCCAACGCCAAGUUUGAAGACAUUGUCUUGUCCCUGCGCAAAGAAGAAGAUAGAAAAGACCAUCCGGAUGCUGCCAAAUUUGAACAAGAGGCCAAAGAGGCGCGCAUCAUGCGACGAGGAGCCAAGCGCGCCCUUGAUGAACUGGCGCAGUCCUAUGGAGGUGAACUGCUAGAAAAACUGCCCGUCCUGAAGUCGCUGAUAGAGAAUCCUAUCGGCGAACUGGUCGAGCCAGCAGAUCCAGCUACUUUGCAGGUGGAUGAAGAGCGAGGGCAGUCACUGAUUGACGCAUUUUCAAUUCUGCGAACGUUGUCUCCAACCUUGCACCCGACGCUGCAUCCAUGGAUUUUGUCACUGAGUCCAUUGAUCGGCAAGGCCAUGCGAAGCCGACUGUCUGUUGUGAGGUACAGCGCAGCUAAGUGCUUCGCCACCAUUUGCAGCGUCAUUCCCAUAGAGGGCAUGACCAUGCUUGUCCAGGACAUCUUACCUAACAUCAGCAACCCCCUCGAUUUGAGGGAUCGGCAGGGUAUCACGGAAUGUGUAUACCAUCUCAUCUGGGUUAUGGGUGACCGCAUACUUCCUUAUGUGAUCUUCCUCAUUGUCCCCGUUCUCGGGCGUAUGAGCGACGCGAACCACGACAUCCGUCUCCUUGCCACCACAUCGUUCGCAACAUUGGUCAAACUGGUGCCAUUAGAAGCCGGUAUCCCUGAUCCGCCAGGUAUGCCGGAGUCGCUACUUCAAGGUCGCGAAAGAGAGCGCAAAUUCAUGGCGCAAAUGCUGGACCCGAAGAAGGUUGAGCCAUUCCAGAUUCCUGUGGCCAUCAAAGCAGAACUACGUUCAUAUCAACAAGAAGGCGUCAAUUGGUUGGCAUUCUUGAAUAAGUACAACCUACACGGUGUCCUCUGCGAUGAUAUGGGUCUGGGCAAGACUCUCCAAACGUUGUGCAUUGUGGCUAGCGACCAUCACAUGCGAGCUGAGGAGUACGCGAAGACUAAAGCCCCUGACAUGAGACGGUUGCCAUCACUUAUCGUCUGUCCUCCGACUCUCUCGGGCCAUUGGCAGCAGGAGAUCAAGCAAUAUGCACCGUUUUUGAGCUGUGUGGCGUACGUUGGUAAUCCCAUGGAAAGAAACAGCCGACUUCAUCUUUUGGAGCAAGCAGAUGUGGUCAUCACCUCAUACGAUGUCUGCCGCAACGACAACGACGUGUUGGCCCCCAUCACCUGGAAUUAUUGCGUGCUGGACGAAGGUCAUUUGAUCAAGAACCCUAAAGCCAAGAUCACACAGGCAGUAAAGAAGCUCGUCAGCAACCAUCGGCUCAUUUUGUCCGGCACUCCAAUUCAGAACAAUGUCCUGGAGUUGUGGUCCCUCUUCGACUUUCUCAUGCCGGGUUUCCUGGGCACGGAGAAGGUGUUCCAGGACAGGUUCGCCAAACCCAUUGCGGCGAGUCGCAACGCCAAGUCGUCCUCCAAAGAACAGGAAGCAGGAGCCCUGGCAAUCGAGGCUCUUCACAAACAAGUUCUGCCGUUCUUACUCCGCCGCCUGAAGGAGGAAGUCUUGAAUGACCUGCCUCCCAAGAUCUUGCAAAACUACUACUGCGACCUUAGCGAUCUGCAGAAACGGCUGUUCGAGGACUUCUUCAAGAAGGAGCGCAAAACUGUGGAGAAUAGCAUUGGAGCGGCGGACAAGGAAGCCAAGCAACACAUCUUCCAAGCGCUACAGUAUAUGCGGAAGCUGUGUAACUCGCCUGCUUUGGUGGUUAAGGAAGGAACCAAGCAAUACGAGACCAUUUCGAAGCAGCUUGCAGCGUCCAAGUCAAGUCUGCGCGAUGUGGCACAUGCACCUAAGCUGACUGCAUUGCGGGAUCUGCUCGUCGACUGCGGUAUUGGAGUGUCGAAUGACUCCAACGAAAUGUCCGCCUCCAAUUACGUCUCGCAACAUCGUGCCUUGAUCUUUUGCCAGAUGAAAGAGAUGCUGGACAUGGUUCAAAACGAGGUGCUUGCCAAGCUUCUGCCGAGUGUGCAAUUCCUCCGGCUAGACGGCAGCGUGGAAGCCACCAAGCGGCAAAAUAUUGUCAACCAGUUCAACAACGACCCUAGCUAUGAUUGUCUAUUAUUGACCACCAGCGUGGGUGGUCUUGGAUUGAAUCUUACAGGCGCGGACACGGUCAUCUUUGUGGAACAUGACUGGAAUCCUCAAAAGGACAUUCAAGCAAUGGAUCGGGCGCAUCGGAUCGGGCAGAAGAAGGUUGUCAAUGUAUAUCGCCUCAUCACCCGCGGCACGCUGGAGGAAAAGAUCAUGAGUCUUCAACGUUUCAAGAUCGACGUCGCCUCUACUGUUGUCAAUCAGCAAAAUGCUGGCCUGGGCAGUAUGGAGACGGAUCAGAUUCUAGAUCUGUUCAACCUUGGCGAAGGCACCGACACUGGCGGAGAAAGUGGCGGUGCAGGCAAGGAAGAAGACAUGGUCGAUCUCGAAACUGGCGAAGUCAAGAAGAAAGGUGAGAAAGGGUGGCUCGAUGACGUGGGUGAGUUAUGGGAUGAGCGUCAGUACGAAGAAGAGUUCAAUCUGGACUCGUUCGUGCAGAAUUUGCAAAAGUGAGUUGGCUGGGGCGGUGAGAUUGCGAUGUACGAUUAUCCUCAAACGGGUUGACCGAGUCAUCAUCAAGUGGGCUGGGGGAGACUGCUGGAAAAGAACUGCUUAUCACAUUUUGGGCGACCGUAUAGCUUUGGUAAGCCUGCUCUCGACAUUGGAUCAGAGGGCUGCCUGGGCCCGCAUACCACGGUAUAUUGCUUAGUAGCAUCAACAGAAGUGUUAACAAAAAAGAUAGCAUUUCACCAUGACAGUGCUCCAAUCGGUUGGAGGAGAUUUUAGGCUCCUUUGGAUAUCAUCUUCCGGGAAAUCGGUGUCCUUCGGCUAUCUUGAAGGAAGUCCUCCUUGACCGCGAAGGAUGAUAUCGGUCCGCAUCUGAUCCGGGGUAGAUCCUGGGGCCAGUCGACAAUACAGGUCGCUAGCCUAUACUCGAUUCUAGCCGCCCACGUUGCGGUCAAGCGAAGCCUCGGCCAGCAUCGCCUCCGGGACUCGGAAACGUACUAGUUAGUAUAGUACUCAGCCGGCAUGAAGAUGAAGAUGCCGCAAUAUGCCAGCACCGCAAACUUGAACCAG